AUGCACGUGAUCAAGAGAGAUGGCCGCCGCGUCGAAGUGGCGUUUGAUAAGAUCACCGCGAGAAUUAAGAAGCUCUCGUAUGGAUUACAUCCAGAACAUUGCGAUAGGUACGUCUGCGCGAACAAAAACGUCUUCGUCUUUUUUCUUCUUCUUCUUCUUUACCUUCUUGGUUCCGUUGUGUAUUCAAAAAACGAGGGAUGA